GUGGGAUUUGUCGGAAAACUGGUGGGAAAGGUAUUAGCUCCGAAUUAAAAUGGCUGCUAGUAAUUAUUAUGGAUAUGCACAAGGAGCCGCUACACCGCAGUACAGCAUUCAGCCACCCCCUACAUACUCACACCAGACCACUAGCAGCUACAGUGUCCAGCCUGCAUAUGCAGUAGCUCACACAGCCUCGUUCUCUCCAGCCACAGCACACAAUCCCCAGCCAGCAGCAACUCAAACCUACCAACCAUACCAGGCACAUGCAGCUUCGAAUUACACCUUUGCACAGCGAGAAGCGGCACCUCAACAAAGCAGUGCCUCCGAGACCUAUCAGAUCUUUGAAGGGGGGAACUGCAGCUAUGGACAGCCAUCGUUAGUCAACAGCUAUGAUAAACAGUACUAUCAGACAAGCAACACAGCUACUCAGCACAGUCCAUUGGAGGCCUUCUUUCAGACAGGUGUGAAAAGUGAUUAUAGGCCUGUAAGUGCAGUGUACAGUCAGUCUCCACCUCAAAGACAGGCCACAGUGCUCAAAACCCAGCCUCCUACUAGCUCAGUGUCAACCAGCUACAGUGUUUAUCCUGCAUCCACCAACGUACAACAGCCUCCCAACUCCAUCUCCACCUUUACCCCGAGCUCCUCCUAUAAUUCAGCAGCUGCCACUUCAUACAGUGGUCACAGCUAUACAAGUUAUGAGCCCCGCAGCUACAUCUCCACUCCAACAUAUUAUCAAGCAACCCAGCAUCCUAGCCCUCAGUGCCAUAGCCAGCCCCAGGGUCCUUCCCAUCAUCCACAAAGUCCUUCACAUCCGCCUCAGGGUUCUUCCCAUCAACCCCAGCUUGCCCAACAGCAAGCUCAGACACCUACAAAGCAACUCGCCAGUUUGUCUUGGAGUAGCUCAAGGCACAGUUCAAAGGUCACUAGUUCUGCUUGCAGUACUUACAGAAAACCCACGUUUCAUCAGAAUAAAGUCCAAAAGCCUAAAGGCCCUCCCAAACAGCCUCAGCUUCACUAUUGCGAUAUCUGCAAGAUAAGCUGUGCUGGUCUACAGACCUACCAUGAGCACUUGGAGGGUCAGAAGCACAAAAAGAAGGAGGCGUUGCAGAAAGGUAGCAGUCAGGUCACUAAUGGUCCACAUAAUGUUCAGACUCAGCUGCGCUGUGAGCUCUGUGAUGUUUCCUGCACUGGUGCAGAUGCCUACAAAGCUCAUAUCCGUGGAGCCAAGCACUUGAAGGUGGUGAAGCUGCACACAAAACUUGGCAAACCUAUACCAUCUAGUGACCCUGUUUUUGUGAACUCUGCCCCUGUUUUGAUGACAACAAUCUCUGAAAAACCAGCCAAAGCUCCUACUUCCGCUGCAGGGUCACAGAAACCCCCUACCUUAAAGUCUCCCAUAAUCGAGACGCUGAAGACACAUGCUCCCACUAAAGCCAUAGUUGAUGAAGUCAAAGCUGCCGCACCAGACCCAGUGAGGGUUGACGAGAUGAAGCAGGCAGUGCCGAAAUCUGACCUUCAGUGUGAAAAUGAGGGAAUUGGAGGUUGUGCUCAGGGAAAUGUACAACCUGUUGGCUAUGAUUAUGUAGAGGAGAUUUACAAUGAUGAUGGAAAGCUAGUUCGCUUCCACUGUAAGCUGUGCGAGUGCAGCUUCAACGAUCCCAAUGCCAAAGACAUGCACUUAAAGGGCAGAAGACAUCGGCUUCAGUAUAAGAAAAAGGUGAAUCCAGACUUGCUGGUGGAGAUCAAGCCGAGCAACCGUGCAAGGAAGCUUCUGGAAGAAAAACUGAGGAAGCAGAAUCAGAAAGGAGUGCUGAAGAGACAGCUUGAGGAUGAGCAGCGCUGGCACAUGGAGAUGAGAAGAUAUGAGGAGGAUAUGUUCUGGAGAAAAGUCGAGGAGGAUCAUCUAUAUUGGGAGAAACAGAGGCACAGACCAGUGCCCCCACUGUUUGCAAACCACCCCAGGAUGCCUGUGCCUUCUCUACUGCCUGUUCGCAGGCCAGAUUCCCCAGAUGACCACCACAUCAUGGCCAAGCAUGCCAGCAUCUACCCAGCGGAUCAUGAGCUGGAAGCAGUGCAGCGUAUCGUGUCUCAUUCGGAAAAAGCUCUAAAACUGGUGUCCGACUUGCUGGUGGAGCAGGAUGGCAAAGAAGCAGUGGAUUUGAAGUUGGAUCCUCAGAGCCGAGUGCUGAAUGGAGUGAUGAGGGUGGGGAUUCUGGCCAAAGGCCUGCUGCUGCAUGGAGACAGGAACAUUCAGCUCAUCCUUCUUUCUACCAAGAAACCCACACUCUCCUUGUUGAACAGCAUUGCUCAACUGCUUCCUGAACAACUGAUGACCUUUUCUGAAGAUCAGUACGUGGUGCAGGCUCAGCCUGAGGAAGCCAACAUCAUCAUUAUUUCCAGCAAGGAACCAAAAAUGCAGGUGACCGUCUGUCUGACUUCACCAGUGAUGCGUGAGGAACCUGAGCCUGGGCCUGCCACGGAGGGAAAGGCAGGUGACAAGCUGCCUGAGAAAGUGCCUGCAGAUGCUGUAGAUGCUCUUAACAGGACAAAGUGCCUUGAGUAUUUGGCUGCCCUUCGCCAUACAAAAUGGUUUCAGGUAAAUGUUCAUUCUUUCUUCUAUUAUUUCCUGCCAAAACCAAAGCAAAACUAAGCUGAGUUUAAAAUGCAAAAUAAUCCAUAAUAGAUUACCUUUAAAAGGAUUUGGGUGAUUCUCACAAAACCACUGAAACACCACAGCACUAAUGAUUUUAAAUAAAAAAAAAAAGUGUAAUUUAGUAAUAUAAAAAAGCAUCAGAAUAAAGACAAUACUGUUCUCUACCUUGUACAAUGUGUAAUUUCAACAUGAGAAUGAAUAAUUUUUCUAUUUUACUGCAUUUUCUGCUGAAAUUCUCAUUACCGCAACGCGUCCGGCUGUGUCUGAAUGUGUGUUAUGAUUUAAUUUAAACAAAUUAACAUAAAAAAAUUUAGAAAAAAAAUAAAUGGAUGUUCUACUAGAUUGUUCUAGAUGACAGAAUUUUUUUUUUACUGAAUAUUCAUGUAUAAUAAUAAUGAAAAAAGUAGGAAAAUUGUGUCCAUGCCUGAUGUUCUCAUCCUCCGCAACACUUUUUGAGGACUGUUUAAACACACAUACAGAAUGUAAAUAAAGUUUGAUUGAGUGAUGGAGCACAUGGGACAGUUACUUCAAGAUGGUGACCAGGUAAGAUCAUCUUUUUAUAUCUUUCCAGUUCAAUGUUAAAUAUUCUAUUGUCAGAAUGUUAACACGACUUUUUCAUUAUCGUUACCGAAACAUGAAGUUUUAAAUAUCUCUUAUGAAUUUAAUAUUAAUUUAUUAAUAUUAAUUUCAAAUUUCCUAAAAGCUGAUAUUUUGCUUUAUGAUUUGUUUCAUUGUAGACAAUCAGUAAUUGUGGGAAGAAAAAAAAAAGCUUUAGCAAAGGCCAGGGUGACAAAGUUCAGGGAAAAAUUAUACAGAAACCCAGAACUGCUGGAAGAGUACGAGAGAGAGGAAGAGAGGUUUGGAGAUGUGAGCAGGUGAAAUUAGCAAUAAAAACCCUACGAUGUUAGGAAAUGUACAUGACACACACACACACACACAAACACUUUAGCCACUACUAUAACAGGACUUUGGUGCUGGACUGAGUGUACUGUUCAUACUGUGGGAAAUUCCCGCCACACUAAGGCAUGUAGGUCGUGUGAUUCUUAAUGUGACUUUUUAUAUAUAUAUAUAAUAUGUAUGUAUGUAUGUAUGAUAACUUUAUUUAUUAUGUAAUUAAAUUACUAAAUUAUAACAAACAGUUAUUUGUUCUUCUGUUAGUAAUUUUUGUUUUUUUAUUUUCUUGUUUACUUUACUUUUCGAUUCAUUUCAAAGUCUAAAAUUAAGCUCUACCCCACAACUUCAGGCCCAGUAUAGAACGAACACACACACACACACACACACACACAUAGUAAGCAUCAAGUCUAUACUAUAUGAUGAUGUAUACAUAAAAUUAAAAAACACCUCAUUACCGAAACCUAUAUAUCAUUACCGAAACUCAUGUUUAUUAGAUGUUAAUUUAAUUAAUAGAAAUAUAGUACUUUGAUUUUAAAUGCAUGUGCAGAAUCUUAAAAUGAUGUUCUCUCAGGUUUGUCAUGUCAUUUUGAAAAAAUGUCAGGUUUCUUCAAAAUAUAAAAAUGAUUGUAAAUUGUGGACGGUGUUGCGGUAAUGAGAGAAAUCAGCCAACAUUUAAUAAACUGUUAAAUUAAAAAUAAAUAUUAUUUCAGAACAUGAAGUAACUGUGCAUGACUUAAUAAUCCAUUUUUAAAACAGUGAAAAUGUAUUUGCUUUUCUAUCAGUGUUUUCACAGUGUUGCGGUAUUGAGAUUUUUUAGGACUUAUUUUGGAAAUUAUGUUCAGAAAGGUGUUAAAUAGUAAGUAAAAGUUUUUAAAUUAAUGUUCACAAACACUCCAGACUUUGUUGCUAAUGUCUGGGGAAAAAAAAGUUAAUUUAAGCAUUUUUAAAAUUUUCAUGUUUUGAAAUUUUUAAAACCAAGAUUUCGUGAGAAUCACCCAUUUAUCAGGGAAGCUCCAGGGGUUUUGGGCAAAAACAGUCAACUUGUAUUAAAUUGAGGAGCAUGGAAUUGUUACUGUGAUGAACAUGCAUACAUCACUAUGUCCAUAUUCUGGAAAACAUGUCCUUUUUCUGUCCAGAUAGUAGGCCUACUUUACCUAUUGCAUAUAGAAGAUAAACUUCAAGUUAGGGAUGAAGGUUUUUAUACCUGAAGCUGCAUAAUUUGUUUUGUAUGAAUGGAGUAUUUCUCAGUAUGUUUCUUCAGUAGGCUCGGGCAAAUGGUCUCCAGUCCUGUGUGAUCAUCAUCCGUGUACUCAGAGACCUCUGUCAGCGCAUGCCAACCUGGGGCAAGAUGCCAGAAUGGGCCAUGGAGUUGCUGAUUGAGAAAGCCAUCAGCAGUGCAUUGACUCCUCUGAG